AUGUCUCUAAGACAGUUGUGCAAGCAAACAAGUAAACGUGUUUCAAAAGCACUGUUUCUUUUCCCUGAAGAAUGCAAAAUGGGUAUCGCAUCAACUCGUUUCAUCGUCGAGAAAGACCUUGACUUAGUGAAGGGACUGUCUGUCCACGUUAACUGGGAGGGAAAGAAAGUGCAAGUGGAGAUCCUUGCUGUAAGCGGUAAGUGUCAAUCGUAUGUUUUGAAGUCUGUAUCUUUUAGUUAGGUGAUCCUUUCUUGUAAGCACUAGCAAUUUUUGAUACAGUUAUGAUCUUUUUAACACCAAGUCCGUAAUUUUACGUCCAUGUUACAGAUGACAAGAAAGUGUUAGCUGAGAAAGACCUGGAAUGGUACAAGAAGAAUUUUCUAGCAGUGACAGAACAGAUCCGAGGAACCACAGAGCCACCAAGAAAAAAAGCUGCCCGAAAUAAGGUAACUAGUAGAGUCGACUAUUUCUUUGUUUUCGCUUAACUUCCUUAUCGAGGUUCCAGGGAACUUCUUUUCUUGGCGAUUGACUGAAAUUUACCAUUUACUUGUUUCACCGAUUAAAUCUUUGUAAUAUUGUCACUCGACCCUUACCUUGCAUAACUUGAAUACUCGACUGAACUCGCAUUUAAUUGAUUUAGACGUUGCAUUUUACAUGCACUUAAGAGGCAGUCUCAGUAAAAACCGCCCACUCAAUUUCGCGUGAAAAAUAAUUUUGCCUGAAACUCUGGUGGAUGAAAGCCUUUAUUGGGACUAUAAAAUAGGUUUGCUUUGAUUCAAAGUUAUUUUCUGGCCGCGCUAAGAAGCACGAAUUUUUUUUGCCCACCAUGGCCAUAUGGCGGGGCUCAAAAAUUGAAAAUUUGGCAUUUUUUGGAGCGCUGUAAAAUUUUUUAGUCGCAACAUCUCGAAAUGAAUUUGGCACCUAUUUACUGCUAAAUGUUUUCAGUUUUUCAAGAUAUUAAGUAUUUCUCCGUAAACGUACCCAGAAAGAUGAAAUCAACCAAAAUAUGACCCCUAUAAAAUACCAUCGAACAGACGGCCAAAAAUGGCCUUAGUUUAGAAGCAUAUUUCUACUUUUUGGGACAGAGCUGGUUAUUCUAGACUAUAGAGCCGAAAAGAUUGAUCCUUAAUUGACAAAAAUUCACAAGAACCCGUGUACGAUUUUAGUAUUUCAAAAGUUAUGGCCGUUUUUAUAUGCGCACAUUCGAGGUUUAGCCAUUUUUUCCUUUAAAGCGUAAUAAAUCAUCACUACUUAUCUCGACUAGAUUUUGUCUAAAUUACGGCUUACCUUAUGCGAGGCAGGAACGUUUGACCAAAUGAAAUAAAAUCCUGACUUCCGAGAAGCAUGAUUCCAUAAAAAUCAAGUAUACUUUAGCCUUGAAAAUUGCUGGCGAAGUUGAAUCCAAAAUGUCUCCGAUCGAAAUGUAACGAUCAUACGGCUCAUGUUUCGCGUGUAUUGUAUUAAAAUACCUUGAUGAGACAAGCAUUCAGAGCAAUUUGCUCGAGAAUCAGAAUAUAUCGACUUUUCAGCUACGUUUUCGGAGAGAAAAUAAAAAUUUGUUCGCUUCAAAGCCCGGUAAAACCUUGGGAUGUCACGCCUUGUCACGCAACUUUAGCUAGAAACCGGAAACGGAGAAAUUAAGAAACCUGGAAUAAGAAACCAACUAUGUUUCCUUGGGUCUUCUUCAUCAAAGAUACCGAGCAAAAGGGAAUUAAUUGAAUAAAUUCAUGACCAGAUAAAAUGGUGAAAAUAGUAAACAGGAUAGACGGACAAAAGAAUCGAAAAUUGAUGGCCUCUAAAAUUCGCUGCAAAUCAGUUCUUCCAUUUUAUGCAUAAUACCGCUAGCCAGUCAAAUCAUGGACAAGACAAAGCCCAGAAAAGGAGCCGAGUGAGGAUAAUUAACGCAUGGGAAGUCUUUUGGUAGUUUUAAUCUUUAUCACCCUAUUUUUUUAUGGAAUGGAACUCUGUAAGUGCUUAUUGGAGGCUAGAGGUGAAUCUGUUUGUGCCGAGUCUGGCGGCAAGUUAAUAAAACUUUCAGACUGCAAGAGCAGUAUCGACGAUUCAUUGCGAAAGUUGAACGUCCUCAGUCAUUUUCAGGGGCAACUCCUCGAAUAUGACCUUAUCCUCAACAGAUCAGGUCUAGCACACGACCUUUCGUUCGAUCAACUUGAGCGGCUCUGGAUAUGUGAAAAACACAGAAACGACAUGGGGAAAUACUGGCGACCUCGUCAAACCUGCCAGUAUCCACUGCAUCGUCCAGGCCCAAAGAAAAAGCUUAGAACGAGAAAUGCUGUACACGCAAGUAUGUCAAGGGAAAUUAAUCUUAUCUUUGGAAAGAACGUUCCAAUAGGAUCCCGUGAGUAUAAUCUAUAUUUUGCCCAGGUUACCUUUUGUUUAAAGCUCCUGUGCAUUUUCGCAGAAACAUGUCUAAGGGAAGGCGCCAGAAAAGUUGCGUGCAAAUACAUAAUCUAAUUACGUCUCUGUUUACCUAGCCGGUUUGUGAUAUUUAUUUGUUGGGCAUUCGAGGCUUUCUAGAACAAUUGCAGUUCGUCCUCAAGUAAAAGCUUAUCUCCUGAAAGCAAAUUAAAUUAAGUAUGCUUUCUGUCUCUACGAAAUUCACUCAAAUUCAAUUUGUCCAAUAUAUUGUUCAGUAAGUUUCCUCGAUCUUCCCGUCGAAAUUAUAAACUGUAGUAGCAUCGGUUGUUUUGUUUUUUAAUUUUCCUUUUUAAGUACAGUUGUGAAAAAAAGGCCUGAAAAAAUUCAGGCUUGCAGGGGAUUCGAACCCUGACCUUUUCGAUACUAGAGAAGCAUUCUAAGUGAGCUAGCAAGUCAACUGGAAGGAGUUGAACUGGCUCGAUGUAAUAUACCCCGGGAAAGAUAAAGAUGAAAUAAUGAUCAUUAUUUGACUAAAUAAUGUAAUAGGAAAAUAAGGUAGUUUGUCAGCAGUUAAGGCUGCUAGAAAGGUUGUAAUAGACGCAUGUUGAUAACACCAGAAAUUUCUAGUGCUGUGAAUUUCGCUCGUUUGAGCCGUUCUCUGUCUUCUACACUUGUUUUAAAGAGCUCUCCGGUUUCGAGGUGCGGUGUGAAAAGAGCGCGCCGGGGCCUGAUGCGCAACUCCUGUUCUCUCUGUGACUGUUUGUUUGGUUGUUUGUUUUUUUUUACAUUCAGUCAUUCCUUUCUCGCGAUUUAUCUCAUUAUUUCGCUACUUUUAUUUUCAGUGAUCUGUGUAUCUUGCUUUAACUUACACAAAGUCAAACUUGAAGAAAAUAAUGCUCUAUUGAAACAGAAAGGAGGCGAAGACAACAACGAACAGGAUGAUAACCCUUCAAGGUGCAUAAUUUCCGUCGCAAAAUAUCAGUAUCAGUACGUUGCUAUAAACUAUGUAACUAUUGAUGAAUUUCAACGUAAAUGACUCCAAAUUAAACACAUUUCUUUCUAGAUACAAAAAAAUUGUUUAGUGUGUUGUAUUGAAAAGGUUUCGUAUCACUUCAUUUUUAUUUAAUAGGGACAGGUUUUAUGUGCGCAGCUUAUUACGAGUCCUCUUUGUUUUAUUCUAUGAACUUUUUUAUUUAACGCCUCAACGACAAUGAGGAUAAUAAUCAAGUAAAAAGAAAACUUGAAUCCGGUAUGUGUUAAUUUUCAUUUCCUUAAUUGUACAGACUUGUAAAAUGUAUUGCAUCUAUGAAGAUCUCAGCUGCAGUAUCUUCUACGCCUUCGGUGACACCGGCAGCAAAAGCAGCUGAGUGGACGACGGGGUGGAGGCCUUCGGACUGUAGCUCUGGGGAGGAGGAUGUUGCUGAAAGCGUGGCAGAGUCCGCCAUAUCAGAAUUCAAUGCCGCCAUGGGGAAGCUUAAUGAGGUUUCUACUACUAGACAGGUCAGUCCCUUAACGUUUCAGUUAAAAACGACGUGGGAUGAGGCAAAAGAGCACGAGAAAGAAGUGUGCAUCGAUAAGGCUACUGAAGCCUGUAGCCUCGUGUGUGAGAUUAUAGCGCCAAAGGCUGCACAGGAGCUACUUCAGUCCUGUUGUAUUCCUGAUACAAAGGCAGACUAUGAGGAUCUUGUACCACUGAUGCAAGCCUACAACGCUGCUAAGACAAGAAACGUGAAGACUCAAAUUCUGAGCCUUUAUGCUUAUAGAUAUCCAGCGAGGACGCUUCAGAGGAUCCACGAACCAUUUGCGAAGCUAACAUCUUGGCAAAUCAAACGCGCUAGAGCUCACGCAAGGGAAUGCAGUCCAGGCUCCUUAGUAGAAAAGCCGCCUUCUCAUAGGGUUCGACUUCUCCCAGCGAAACUUGACCAUUUCUUAGACUUUGUUAACCGGCCAUACUUUUAUCAAGAUGUUGCAUUUGGUACAAGGAAACUGAAACUUAAAAGCGGCGAGAAACUCACAAUGCCAAACAUCAUACGUAAAGUAACAAGAGCAACAAUGAUCAGGCAAUAUCUAAAGUUCUGUGAAGAAGAACAAUACGAACCCCUAAGUCGCGCGAGUCUAUUUCGUGUUCUCGAAGUACGGGAGGCCUCACAACAGAAAUCCUUGAGUGGUUUAGACAACACAGCUGCCGAUGGGUCAGCGGCGUUCGAGCGCCUACAACGAAUAGUAGAGGAGCUUGGUCAUAUUGGCCUAGAGAAGAGCUUGGCAGAUGAUAUAAGUAGAUCUCUUCGGGACGGUAAGAAGUAUUUGAAAACAGAAUAUCAGAAGAAUUGCAAAGAUAAUGAGAGCUCAUGUCCAGAUCAUUGCCGUAAGUUGGGUCUAAGUGACCCGAAUGAUCCAAAUUUUCAAGAGAAAUGUACACAUGAACAUACUCUUAGCUGCCCUCAAUGUGAUGACAUCACUUCCUGUUUGCAUAAAUUGCAACAAACCGUCAAUGACAGUGAAAGCUUACGCUUUUACAGCAAAGAACAGAAAGAAGACUUCCUGUACGACAUCGAGAAAGCUUCGGAUGCUAUUGUACAGUGGAAAGCCCACAUUAUGAGAGCUGUAAACCAGGAAUGUGCGAAACAAGAUAUACUGGCAGAGCUUGAUCAGAAUUCGUGCCUUCUAGUAAUGGACUGGGCUAUGAAGUUCUUGCAGCUUCGUUACAGAGAAAAACAAACUGAUUGGUAUGGCAAGAGAGGGCUCAGCUGGCACAUCACUAGUGUCGUGACCAAAGACAUGUCCAGCGCAACUGAGGUUAUCUCUUACGCGCACCUUUUUGAUCAGUGUACACAGGAUUGGUUCUCAGUAGCUUCAAUUCUAGAAGACCUUCUGACAAAACUAAAAGCCAGGAAUCCUCUCAUCCAAAGAGCAUAUUUAAAGUCAGAUGAGGCUGGUUGUUAUCAUAACAGCUCCUUGAUUGCUGCUGUAAGAGAUAUCGCAAAGAGAGUUGGUGUUACAGUACAUAGUUAUCAUUACUCAGAGCCACAGUCUGGAAAGGAUAUUUGUGAUCGUAUCCUGUGUCCACUGAAGUCCUCCAUCCGUAUGUACUGCAACGAAGGUCAUGAUGUUUUAACUGCUGCAGACAUGAGAGAUGCCUUAAUACAACACCCGGUAAAAGGAACAUCUGCCGCGGUUUGUGUAGUCAACGAGUCGAGAAAGACUCUUUCGGUAAAGAAGAUGGAGCAGUUCAGCAGCUUUCAUAACUUUGAAUAUGAAGCUGAUGGUCUUAGAGUGUGGAAAUGCUAUGGUAUAGGCGAUGGAAAGUACAUUCCAUAUGAAAUGCUUUAUGUCACCAAUCAGGUUCCAACCGCUCUCCAAACAGUGGAAUCCCAAGAAUUCUAUGUACCACUUGGAAAACGAGAGGUAAAACCCAGUUCAGAAGCUAGCAAGAGUACUGAGAGUAGUACACCACUGUUUGAAUGUUCAAAGCUCGGUUGCAACGAGGCCUUUGAAUCCUUUGCGCAGUUAGAGCUGCAUCUUGAUGUCGGUAAACAUACUGCCAGCAGGUUAAACCAGUAUGAUGUCAUCAGAAGGGACUGGGCACUGAAAUUCUCAUCUGUAGAUAACCCUGCUGACACCGAAAUGUAUUCAGUGCCUUCCGGGGGACCGCCAACGUUUUCAGAAGUCACUUCAAGCAAAUCAUCUCUGCAAACAGGUUGGGCCUUAAGCAAACCGAGAAGUAGCGUUAGAUUUUCGCCAAAGGUCAAAGAAUACCUAACAGCACGUUUCACAAUAGGAGAAAGAACAGGGCGUAAGGCUGACCCCGGCCAGGUUGCAGCAGACAUGCGAAAUGCAAAAAAUGAGUCUAAUGAACGCCUGUUUACUAGAUCUGAGUGGCUUUCAAAGAACCAAGUUCAGAGCUUUUUUUCGCGGAUGGCAGCAGCACGUCGUAAAGAGCAGGGUGUUGUCGGCUUGUCAACGGAAAAGGAGGAAGACAUACAGUGCUUGCAGGAAUAUUCAGAAAGAGAGGAUCUGAUUAACACAGUAAAUGAAGAAAUUAACGUCGCACAUCCUAUCUGUUUUGACAGUUAUGACCUGUGUGAGCGUUAUCAUAGCAACACGCUCCAAGAAUUCAAUGUAGCCAUGCUUAGGAGUAUCUGCAACCAUUUUGAGAUUCCUGUGAAAUCGAGGGACAAAAAGAAAUUCCUCUUAGACAAACUGACAGUCAUGAUAAGUGAAUGCGAGUGUGUGUCUCACUAAAGCAAUGUAAAGCGUUUCCUUAAAUUCCUACCUGUUGUGUUGUGCUGUCGUAAGCAGGGUUACGUAAGUCAAAUUACAGGGAACUUAGCAAAAGCAGUAUUUUUACACAUGGUGACGUUAUUUCCGGCCGCCGUUCAACCCUGCCCGUCCGUUCAAACAAGUUUAUACGGCAAGUUGUCAUACCCUAUUUCCCUGCUCUUUACUUUUUUGAAAUGGGAAAAAAGUGAAAUAAUAAACAUUAAUGUUAUAUGAAAAAUUAUAUAAAUUAUUAUCUGAAGAAAUGACUCAACAAUUUUCAAUUUACAAGACAUGUUUUGGAAACUUAUUCUAUCUUCAGUUGUAGAAGUUCGUAACAAUUUAAAUAUCUUCAGUUGUAGAAGUAGUUACAAUAGGCCAUUCACAGUUGAGGGCUUUGUGUCCAAGCCUUUGAGUGAACGUGAGGCUGAGGUUGACAUUGUCUUGAUAGAAACAUCCUCUCUUUUCUAAUGUAAAUUUUGCUUAAAAACACUUGUUAGCAUAAAACCACACGAUUUACAUAUCGCGACGCCGCCACUGGUUACCGUGUGAAAUGUGAAACCAGUGGUGGCGUCGCAAAAUGUCGGCUGUUUUCUCAGGCUAGCCAUUUUCAAGGUAUUCUGCAAUAGUCAACGGCAAAAUUAUAAAGUAUAAUGUUUUGUGAGUUGAGGAAGCUUGGCAGGCGAUAGUCGUUACAAAUUAGUGAAAAACAGCACCCAAGUGAACACGUGAUUUACUGUAUUUUGAAUAACUCCUAACAACCAACUUCUUUAACUUAUCAUUUCUUGUAACACUUAAAAACGUCGUUCUUUUAUACGUUAUGGGUUUAUUUACAGUAUCAGUUGUUAAAACAAUAUUUUUGUAAGCACGCCUUUCGCGUAAUUAAAUUCCGUUGAUAAAUGCACUAUUCUGGGUGGUGAAUUCCAUGCCUUGUUUUCCUAGUUCCAGGAUUCCAUAUUUCCGCUAGGAAUCCUAUUUCGGUCAAAACACUACGUGACCUUUUUAUUAUAGAGAGAGUUCCAAGGAACUGUUAUCUGAAUUUGAAGCAAUCGAAUCCUUAUUUACGUUUCCAAAAACGAACGUCGAUUUGUUUCUUUUCUGAUCCUCAAGCAAACUAGCUAUCAACGGAUGUUUUACCGGCUAAUUACCGAGAAACGUUAGACGUGACCACGGAUUUGCGCCUGUUUCAGUAUCCGAGCCGUUUUGGAAUCUGCAAGGAAUUCUACUUUAGGCGAACGACAGCUAUUUUCAAGGCAGUUUUAGCCGGAUUCUGAUGAAAUCAAGAUUCCUUCGGAUCAGAAUAUGGCUCAGUUUGUAGGUAAGCCGUCCUUUUCACAAAUCGGUCAGUGUAAAACGCAGACUGCGGACUGCAGACUGCAGACUGCGGACCAGGGGUAAAAUGCAGAUAGAGUGUAAAAUGCAGACUGCAGACUGAGAGUAAAACGCAGGCUGGGUGCAAAAUGCAGAAUGAAGAUUGUAGACUUCACAAACAAUUGUGCUCCUUCUUCUCCAAAUAGCUAGCUGGUAUCAGUUACACACCUCGCUUCCUAGUCGAAGUUAGUACAUUGCAUAUUCGCCAAAAGUUCAAGGAACAUCCAAACAGCUAAAGUCUGCGUACCUUGAUUUUCAAUCCUUUCAUAGAAGGUCAUCCAAAUUUCCUGCAGAACAUCUUCUUUUGUUGUUGGAAUGAUUUACUCUCUUUUUUGUCGCCAUAAUUGUUUUGAAUUCUUUCUGUACAGUAUUUUGGGUCAGCAGCUUUUAUUUAAGCGUAAACAUCGUGGUGUUGUACCAAUUCAUGGUCACGCCUAUCGAAAAAGUUGAAGCGUGAGGUCUCUCGGACGGAAAAAGGUUCAAGAUUGCGAUUACUAGUAUGUUUUCGGAUCGUGAAGAGGUUCCUCAGAAGAAAGGAAUGGAUUUGUGAAAGUAGAUGUCAAGUAAGUGUUCAUUUACAUGUAUUUGCGGGAUUGUUUUGCCCUUAAACCCUUCCGCGACUACAGUUUAUGCUCGGUCUGCAUUUUACCCCAACCUGCAUUUUACUCUGAGUCUGCAGUCUACAUUUUACACUCAGUCUGCAUUUUACCCCUGGUCCGCAGUCUGCAGUCUGCUGUCCGCAGUCUGCGUUUUACACUGACCGCAAAAUUUUCUUGAGGUGGAUUUAUUAUUUCACAGAGUAUUAAUGGACGACAAAUCGCUCAAUGUUGACAUGUUCGUUAAUUCAAACGGUCAUAACUUUUGAAAUACUGAAAUCGUACACGGGUUCUUGUAAAUUCUUGUCAAUUAAGGAACAAUCUUUUCGGCUCUAUAGUCUAGAAUAAUCAACUCUGUCCCAAAAAGUAGAAAUAUGCUUCUAAACUAAGGCCAUUUUUGGCUGUCUGUUCGAGGGCAUUUUAUAGGGGUCAUAUUUUGGUUGAUUUCAACUUUCUGGGUACGUUUACGGAGAAAUACUUAAUAUCUAGAAAAACUGAAGACAUUUAUCAGUAAAUAGGUGUUUAAUUUAUUUCGAGAUGUUGCGAAUAAAAAAUUUUACAGCGCUCCAAAAAAUGCCAAAUUUUCAAUUUUUGGGCCCCGCAAUAUGGCCAUGGCGGGCAAAAAAAAUUCGUGCUUCUUAGCGCGGCCAGAAAAUAACUUUGAAUCAAAGCAAACCUAUUUUAGUUAUAGUCCCAAUAAAGGCUUUCAUCCACCAGAGUUUCAGGCAAAAUUAUUUUUCACGCGAAAUUGAGUGGGCGGUUUUUACUGAGACUGCCUCUUAAUUCAGCAAUUCGAUUCGGCGCAUGUAAAAUGCGACGUUUAAACCGGGCCUAACUCGACCAUUACCGUGUGUAGCUCCGAAGUGUUGUUGUUAAUUGCCUGGUUAAUUGCGAGGUUAAUUGCAAAAGGUAAUCAUUCGAUAUUGUUUGACUUAGCCUGCUGAAGUGCAAUGUCCCAAGACCGAAGCAAACGCGAGUGACCACCCGUACGAACAGUUCUUGGUCGGCCAGAAGCAGAGGCAGCACGAGUGGCAAAAAGGCCGAGAAUCCAAGAGGACCAAGGUAGCAGAAAGGGAAGCGCAUGUGACGGUGACAAGUUCCUCCCCACAAGACGAUGCUGUCACUAUACUCCACCAGCAGCUCGCUGUCAAGACAGAGGAGUGUCGUCAGCUGAUGAAUAAGCUAGCUGCCAUGGAAGAAGCGAACACUAAAAUUCUCUCCUGCCAGAUGCAAAUGCAAGAAAACUUUGUUAAGGUAAUGCAUUAACCUGUGGUCAGGUCCGUUCUCCCUUGAAACAAAGACACAACACUCUAUAGCUAACAUUGCUGUUUUGCAAUUGGGAGAAAUUUAAAAUAUUAGCUAAGUGAACUACUUCAUGAUUUAGAAAAUCACGGAUUGCUAAUGACAAAUUGAAAAUCUGAGCAAUUUCCUUUAAACCGUACCAUUUUACUCUACAUGGAGGAGAUUCAUAGAUUGCUAGUGAAACACUUAUUUGAUUAGAAACCACAACAUCGCUAAACAUAAAUAGAGGCUAAUAGACGCCGUGUCGAAUUUGAAAAGCAAGCGUUUUGAGUGUUGGCCCUUCUGCUUUGCUCCAACUGAAGGUUUAACACUCGAAAUGUAUGCUUUUUCAUAUUCUCUAAGGUCACAAAAAGGUAAUUUAAAAGCACUCUAUGUCCUGAAUCUGUCAGCUGACCCAAAUUUCCGUUAACUGUUGUAGAUGAUGGAGAAAUUUGAAACAUCCCUGUCAGGAAUGGAACACACAAACUGGUGAACAAGAUGUCUGCCUUAGAAAACGUGAGUGCUGCACUAUCAAACAUCGAAGGACGCCUGGAGUCACUGGAAGGACAAUCCCUAACUCAUUUUCCAAGGGUAAGAAAUUUUUGUAAGACUGCCGCUAGAUUUCGGCCUGAGAAUUCCUAGUGAUACAAUUCAAACAAGCAGGGUUUCUCAUUUUCACUUAAGCUGCGAAAGCAGGUUGAUUUCCGCUUUUGAUUGAACUUUUUUACAAAUGACUAGAAAAAAUAAGUGUGACAAGCCUAAAGAGCGUCUUACUAAAACGUAACUGGCUAAAAAAUUAUGGUAAUGUUUGAUUAUACAUGUAAGCAGUGAUCAUAUUUCAGAAAAAUUAAGUAUGGUCACGCUAAUGACCUAUCAACGGGAGAAAUCGGGGAGCAAACAAAAAAAUGUUGUUCUAUUUUUUUCUUGCAGCUCGACCUCGAUGCCACAGUCGCAGAUAACGGCUUUGCCGCUGACAUCCCAGCGUUAGACGAAAAUGAGCCACCUGCAGAGAUCGGGGACCUAAGCACCAUUGAUACUGACACACUGGACAGGCUUUGCGAGGAAGUCCAACCAGCCCAGACCAGUCAGCUUGUGCAGCCUACCAGAGUGGCAACUUCUGCGCAGGAAGUCGGCGAGAAACUUAUCGGUACGUGUGUGACGCCCACCAAAGUAAAAGCAGUCCAGCAGACCCUGGGACAAGAGAGGGAACGGCACCUCUGUGCGCUGAAGCUCCUGCAGUCUUUUUUCACCAGCGAGGAACUAGCAAACAGCAAUACAGAUGGUACUUAUGGAAAAAUGUGUCUAGACAGCGCCAAACUCAAUUCACUUAAAGUGUUACUUUUCACCAAGUUUCCAGCUGGCGCCGACGAGGAUAAGGAAAAAGUAUGGAGGUAUAUCAAAAGCAAAAUUAAUUCUAAGUGUCGCGCUGUCCGCAAGUUUACCCCGAAAGACUCAGCUGAUCGUUUAUCGUAA